AUUAUUUAACUAUUUGCGUUGGCAAUAUUCUUUGUGCAAGUUCAUAAAAGAAAAUUUUGAAGAAAACUUCCAACGUAACAGAUUUUUCCUAAGAAUGGACAACGGAGCAGGAAGGAAUCCCAUGGCUGAAACAGUCUAUGGGACAGAGGACUCCACAAUGGUUAUGUCGGAAAAGGUACAAUCCUUAGCUGGCAGUAUUUACCAGGAAUUCGAACGGAUGAUUCAACGCUAUGACGAAGAUGUUGUAAAGACACUCAUGCCACUUCUUGUGAAUGUCUUGGAAUGUUUGGACUCAGCUUAUCAAACAAACCAAGAACAAGAUGUUGAGCUUGAACUGUUGAGAGAAGAUAAUGAGCAGCUAGUGACACAAUAUGAGCGUGAAAAAGGAGCACGAAAGCAAGCAGAACAGAAACUUUUAGACACAGAAGAUUUAGCUGAAGCUGAAAAUAAAGAGUUGGCUUCCCGUUUAGAAUCGCUCGAAUCAAUCGUUCGAAUGCUAGAAUUAAAACAUAAAAACAGUCUUGAACAUUCAUCAAGAUUGGAAGAAAGAGAAGGAGAUUUGAAGAAGGAAUACAGCAAAUUACAUGAACGUUACACUGAACUUUUUAAAACGCAUGUUGAUUAUAUGGAGCGGACAAAAAUGAUUAUGGGAAAUUCAACGCAUUCUCUUCAUCAGAGUUCAGCGUCAGAACGAAUGGAAGUUAAUCGAUCUAUGCGUCUUCAUCCUAUGAAUCGCUCAUCUGGUCCAAUUUCUUUUGGGUUUGCAUCUUUAGAAAAUUCUGUGGCAAUGCUUGAUACCGAAACCAUGUGCAGUGGACCCAGUUCAGCAUCAGGAAGUGGGCCACCGUCACUUCAAAAUGAAUUAGAAAACCUACAAACUGCUGAACGAUCAUCAGAGACUGAUCAGCUUCAACAGCAAAAUCAAGCAACGUCACCACCGAGUGAAGUUACUAGUCCCACGAUUCCACAAAUUACCACAGGUCGUAGUACGACAAAAAGUGAGAAACGAUCAGCAAACACUCUUUAUCAAGAGCUUUCAUUUCAAGACGAUCAAUUGGAAAGUGAAGAAAAUGAAAUCACUGGAAUGGUUCAUCCUGGAGAGUACGCAAGUUCAGUUAACGAUAACUUCUUUGGUAUUUACAAUUUAAACUUUCUUCUACAGGAAUGGGAAAAGAAGUCGAAAAUCUCAUUAUGGAAAAUAAUGAGUUACUCGCAACGAAGUAAUUUAUUUAACUUUUUGAACUUUGAAAUAAAUAUUAAAAAAAUGAAUGUUUUUCAUUUAUUCAGGAAUGCAUUAAACAUCGUCAAAGACGAUUUGAUUGUGAGAGUUGAUGAGUUGACGGGCGAAUUAGAAAUUCUUCGUGAGGAGUUAAAUGCUGUUAUUCAAUCUAGAAAUAAGUUGAAAGUGAAGGUUGGCGAGUUGGAAGAUGAGAUGAGAAAAGCCAAAGAGCAGAUGAAGCAACAAAAUUCCGAACAUGAAGAUGAUGGCGACGUUCCAAUGGCGCAACGAAAACGUUUCACACGUGUUGAAAUGGCUCGUGUGUUAAUGGAGCGUAAUCAAUAUAAAGAGCGAUUUAUGGAGUUGCAAGAUGCUGUUCGUUGGACAGAAAUGAUGCGAGCAACAAAAGUCGAUCAGCUAGACAAGAAAUCAAAGCAAAGUGUGUGGAAGUUUUUUAGUAAUCUUUUUAGUUCUAAUGACCGACCCCAAAGAGAGCCCCCUCCGUUAUUCAGGACAUCAGCGUCUUCAAAUGGAGAGGGGCGAAAUUCACAAUUUCCUGCAAUUGGUGGAGCAACGUCAAGUGGCUCCCAAUCACUUGUCUUAGCAUCAAAAGAAUUUAAUGAAGGUCAUCACAAUUCGAAUGAUGGAACAUCUGAACGUGCACAAGCAAGACGACGUGAACAAUAUCGACAAGUGCGUGCACAUGUACAGAAGGAAGAUGGAAGAUUGCAAGCCUAUGGAUGGAGUCUUCCAGGUGGUGCUGGAAAACCAAAUCAAGUUGAUGGAAGAGGUGGAAAGUCAAGUCAAGGACAACAACAAGGAGUUCCAGUCCCAGUUCCUGUUUACUGUCGUCCAUUAGCUGAAGCUAGUCCGCAUAUGAAAGUUUGGUGUGCAAGUGGCGUCAAUCUUAAUGGCGGUUACACAAAAGACGGCGGUUGUGUCGUUGGUGCAAGUGUUUUCUAUUCCAGGCCACAACCAACAGCAACAAUCACCGACGUCACAACACCUACAAAUGAAACGCACUCGGAACUUGAUUCAUUGGAUAAACAAAUGACGUUAGCAAUGGAUCAAGUUGAUUAUGAUCAGCAAUUGAGUAGCUUUGUUUGGAUUUGUACGAGCACACACUCAGCGUCAACUGUCACUGUCAUCGAUGCUAAAAAUCCAGCUGAAGUCUUGGAUUCAUUUCCAAUUUGCCAAACUCAUUUGCUUUGUAUUUGUACAGUUAUUGGGGCACUUGAAAUGGAUUAUCACAUGUUAGAGAAUAGUGAAGUGAGUAAAGCUGGUGAAAUGCUGGAAAAGCCUGGUGAUGUUGGCGAUGCUGAUGAGUUGGGAAAGGUUGAAUUUGUUAGAAUUCCACAGCAACAAAAUGAGGAGUUGGUGGUGACGACACAAGAUGAAGAAGACAUUGAGAAAGCGAGUGAAGCAUCACCGGAUGGUGGUGACGAUAAUUUGAUGGACAAUCCAACAUCGGUUGGUCCAACAAUGUGGCUGGGCGCACAGAAUGGAAUGAUUUAUGUUCAUUCAUCAGUUGGACGUUGGCGUGUUUGUUUACAUGCUGUGCAACUUCCUGACGCUGUUCUUUCCAUUGUUCAUGUCGUUGGUCGUGUGGUUGUUGCUUUAGCAAAUGGACAAGUUGCCAUCUUUCGACGUCAAAUGAAUGGAGAAUGGGAUGUGAGUAGUUAUCACAUUUUGACGCUUGGUUCACCAAAACAAUCAGUUCGAUGUCUGACAAUUGUUGGCGAUAAAGUUUGGGCAGCACAUCGUAAUCGUAUCCAUGUGAUUGAUCCAAUUUCGCUCAGCAUUGUUCAUACACUUGAAGCACAUCCGAGAAAGGAAAGUCAAAUUCGUCAAAUGGCAGCAACGGGGUUGGGCGUUUGGGUUUCCAUUCGACUUGACUCAACACUUCGCCUUUAUCAUUCGCAUACUUACGAACAUCUCCAAGAUGUUGACAUUGAACCUUACGUUAGUAAAAUGCUUGGAACAGGAAAACUUGGAUUCUCAUUUGUUCGCAUAACAUCGCUUCAUGUUUCAUGCGCUCGUCUAUGGAUUGGUACCGGAAAUGGUGUCAUUAUUUCAGUGCCACUUGCUGGAGAUGGAAAUUCUUCAAGCAUACCGAAAUGUUGCAUGGCGCAUUCUCAGCUCUCAUUUCAUGGUCAUCGUGAUGCUGUGAAAUUCUUCGUUUCAGUUCCAAUGAAUCCACCAAUGGUAGCAAAUGAAUUUCCACUUUACAGCAAACCAGACAUGCUUGUAAUGUCAGGUGGCGAAGGUUACAUUGAUUUUCGAUUGGGUGAUGGCGAUAUGGAGAACAGCAUCGUUCUGCAACCAAAUGAGACGAUUGAGAACCGAGGCGAUAAAAGUUAUUUGAUUGUUUGGCAAGCGAUUGAUGAAGAAAUGGAACGAGAUGAACGCGUUUUUAUUCUCGGCGAGGAAGUGGCACAAUACGAUGGAGCAUAUAAAGUUUCACGAGGCUUGUGGAAAAAGUAUGGAGACAAACGUGUCAUUGACACACCAAUUACUGAGAUGGGUUUUGCUGGCAUUGCAGUUGGUGCUGCGAUGGCUGGUCUUCGUCCAAUUUGUGAAUUCAUGACUUUCAAUUUCUCUAUGCAAGCAAUCGAUCAAGUAAUCAACUCUGCAGCAAAGACAUUCUACAUGUCAGCAGGCACAGUUAAUGUUCCUAUUGUGUUUCGUGGUCCCAAUGGAGCAGCUUCUGGUGUAGCAGCUCAACACUCUCAAUGUUUUGGUGCUUGGUAUUCGCAUUGUCCAGGAUUGAAGGUACUUUCACCUUACGAUAGUGAAGACGCAAAAGGUCUUCUCAAGGCUGCUAUCCGCGAUCCUGAUCCCGUUGUCUUUCUUGAAAAUGAACUUGUCUAUGGUGUUGCUUAUCCCGUUUCCGAUCAAGUUCUAGACAAAAAUUUCACACUGCCCAUAGGAAAAGCAAAAAUAAUGAGACCUGGAAAGCACAUAACGCUCGUCGCUCAUUCGAAGGCAGUUGAGACUGCACUUGAUGCUGCAAAAGAACUUGCAGGAAAAGGAAUUGAAGCUGAAGUCAUCAACUUACGAUCAUUAAGACCUCUUGACUCUGAAACAAUUUUCAAAUCAGUUCAAAAGACUCAUCAUUUAGUGACAAUUGAACAAGGCUGGCCCCAAAGUGGUAUUGGAUCUGAGAUCUGCGCUCGUAUCAUGGAACACGAAACUUUCUUCCAUCUUGAUGCUCCAGUGUGGCGAGUGACUGGUGUUGAUGCUCCAAUGCCAUAUGCAAAAACAUUAGAACAAGCUGCACUGCCACAAAUAGCUGAUGUUGUUAACGCUGUCAAUAAAGUUCUUGGAGUGAAAUAAGUAAUUUGUUAGUUACAAUUAAUGGAACAAAAUUAUUUUAUUUGUCUCCUUUUACAUCGCUGCUAAUACAUUUUCUCAAGAACCUUUCUACGAAUUUCUCUUCUUUAUUUUUUGUUAUUUUAAUGGUGGAUUGAAUAGAAGAAUUAGGUAUGUUUGUCGAUUGUAGAUUGAGAAACCUAUCGAGGAAAUAUUCCUUGACUUCUAUCCGAACCUUCAUUAUUAUUUUAUAAAUUUUCAUUUCCUGUUUAAUUCAAUUAGCUAUACAUCGGCCCACCCACACCUUCUGUUGGAUAUUGUUAGUAGUAAUGAAAUUAAACUUUUUCUUUCUUACUCAACUUAGUUUAGUGAAAAUUAUAAUAUAAAAUCGAAGUUUUCACUGUCAAGUUGAUAACUUUUUUAGAGUUCUAUCGAUUGGACUCUGAUGAUCUGAUUGUGAUUGUCUCUUUCCCCUUAUUUAAAUUACGAAUCUGAAGCAAGAUUUAAAGACUUGCCAUCUUUAUCAUAUAGUUUAUCGUUCUCCUAUAGCAGAACAAAAUCUUGAAGGUUCUGAUAUUGCAGCCUGAUUAUUUAUAUUAAUUUUGAGCAAAUGAUAAAAGCAAAUCAUGAAUUUAAUACAUAAACAGCGUUAUUGAAAUGUUUGACGAUACGAGCGCUUGAGCAUUAAGUCUUACUUGAAGCAGAAUAUCUUCAGGAAAUGCUGUCGAUGAGAAAGCGCAGAAAAAUUAUGUAAAUUCAAAAACCAAGACAACAAAAAGAAAAAAACACAAAGAAAUUAAUUGCAGGAUAAUUAAAAAAAAAUAAAAAAUGAGUCAAGAAA